AUGGGAAAAACAUUUGUCUCUGUGGGGGAGAGGAGACUAGAAGGACCAGCUACUGCUGACGAAACUACCGAGCGAAUUCGAGUAAUUCAAGAAAGAUUGAAAGCAGCACAGAGUCGGCAAAAGAGUUAUGCAGAUUCGAAAAGGAGACCGUUGAAAUUUGAAGUUGGGGACUUCGUAUUUUUGAAAGCGUCUCCAAUGAAGGGGAAAAAGCGGUUUGGAAAGGCGGGAAAGCUACAACCGAGGUAUGUUGGACCAUUUGAAGUUCUAAAUAAGGUUGGUGAGGUGAGUUAUCGGUUAGUGUUACCGCCAGAGUUAUCCUAUGUUCAUGAUGUUUUCCAUGUGUCCAUGUUACGUCGACAUUUGCCUAACUCCGAUGAAAAGUUGCUUGUGACAACACCUACUGAACUUCAGGGAGACUUGAGAUAUGAGGUAACACUGGAAAAGAUCAUAGGCCGAAAGGACAAAGUUCUUAGGAACAAAGUGAUACAGUUAGUUAAAGUGUGGUGGACUAACCAACGUGAGUUCCUAAGCUUGAAAAAUUAUGAGAUUUUUACUGAGAGUUCCUCUUUGAGUUUUCUAUCUAUGGAAGCUUGGGUGGUUCGUAAAGCUGAGGUCUUAAUCAGGUUAAUUUCAGCUUUAGCGCAAAAGGGGCAUGGUGAGACUAUUAAUAAGCCAAAAGGGAAGUUGCAUGACAUAUAUGACGUUAGGGGCACUACGCCAAAAAUUGCCUUUGCCGGCGGUUUUUUUACCGGCGGUAAUAAAACCGUCGGAAAAGAGUCCUAUUACCGGCGGUAA